AUUGGGCUUUGGACCCAUAUCUGCAAACACACCAUCUUAUUCUCUGCUAGUUCAUGCUUGUAUUAGAUAGAUUCCACUCCUCCCUUCCCUUCGGGAUUUUUGUUCAUCAUACAUUCAUUUCUGCAUCUCAUCCUUCAAAAUAAUAAGAUUUUUUUGAGUUCUUAAUCGACGAAUUUUAUCGAUCCCCACACAGAACCAGAAGAAAUAGACUUUCUUUCCCUUUCUUUUGAAGCCAAAAAAUUUCUGAUCAUUUUCAAUGCUAUCAACGUUCGCUUUCUAAUAUUCAAAUAUCCAAGAAGUUAAAUUAUACAUAAUAUGCAAUCAUCUAUUAUACCCAUAUACCCAUAUUCAUUUUUACCGCCAAAAUCUCUCUCUUUCUUUCCAAAAACCCACCUUUUCCCUCCUGAAAGUCCAGUUCUUUUUCGGAAUUAUUACUAUUGCAGGCCUAGAAUGGCUUCUUUUGUUGGGUUUAGUGUAAAAUCGCAACUGGGCACUUCUGCAACUGCAGCUGGUGAUAAUGAGUUUUGCACGUUGAUAGAACAUAUGGGUAAGGGAGGAAUUGAUGUGGGGGAUGAUUUGGUGUUGCUGUUUACUCAUAUGCAGUAUGCUUGUAAGAGAAUCGCAGCUCUUGUGGCAUCUCCUUUCAAUUCCAGUCUUAGUCAACAAAGUAAGAUUGCUGGUGUUGGGAGUGGCACAGAUAGGGAUGCACCAAAGCCACUUGAUAUAGUCUCGAAUGAAAUCAUCUUGGCUUCUCUUCAAAAAUCUGGAAAAGUUGCUGUCAUGGCUUCAGAAGAAGAUGAUGCUCCAAUUUGGAUAAAUGAUGAUGGUCCUUUUGUGGUGGUAACAGAUCCCCUUGAUGGUUCUCGAAAUAUUGAUGCAUCCAUUCCUACAGGAACAAUUUUUGGGGUAUAUAAACGCCUUGUGGAGCUGGAUCAUCUACCUCAGGAGGAGAGGGCCACAUUGAAUUCCCUGCAGAGCGGAACUAAGCUUGUAGCUGCUGGUUAUGUGCUCUAUUCAUCGGCCACUAUACUCUGUGCCAGCUUUGGUUCUGGCACACAUGCAUUUACAUUGGAUCAUUCAACAGGAGACUUCAUUCUCACCCAUCCUGACAUUAAGAUUCCUCCUCGAGGACAAAUUUAUUCUGUAAAUGAUGCACGAUAUUUUGACUGGCCUGAAGGAUUAAGGCAAUAUAUUGACACUGUUAGACAAGGAAAAGGCAGAUAUCCUAAGAAGUACUCUGCCCGUUAUAUAUGCUCUCUUGUAGCUGAUUUUCAUCGAACAUUGUUGUAUGGUGGUAUUGCAAUGAACCCAAGGCACCAUCUCCGUCUGGUUUACGAGGCAAAUCCUCUUAGUUUUCUUGUGGAGCAAGCUGGAGGCAGAGGUUCUGAUGGUAAAGUUAGGAUUCUUUCAAUCCAACCUGUCAAGCUGCAUCAGAGACUUCCUUUAUUUCUAGGAAGCUUAGAGGACAUUGAAGAGCUUGAGAGUUAUGGAAAUGUUCAACAGAAAUUAAAUCCUGGAUAUGAAGUUUGAUGCUGUUAAGUUAAUUUCAUCGAUCUUCUGCUGGGAUCAUACAACUUUCAGGUCUUCAUGUAUUUAACCAUUGCAACCUUUGAUAGAUGUAUGACACUCAUCUAGUCAUCUUCCAUACUCAGUUGUCACUUGGCUGUCAACAUCGGCUUGGCGAGUUUUGUCAUGAAAGACUAGAAGACGACGUGAUAUGUUCUUCCUUCAUCAUGUGUUGCUCAUUUUAUCACGUAAAAGAUUGAUUUUUUUUCUCCACUAUUACUUGUGUAUACUUCACCAUGUAUAUCACUGGAUCAACUAGUGAUUCAAUCCUUGCAUAAAGCCUGUUCUAUCAUAAUUUCAUAUCUACCCCUCCACAAGUUAUUAAUUACCAUGUCUUGUAUAUUUCACUCACAUUAACUUCCAUAUGAAAUGGGCACAUUAAUA